AUGGCUGGUAAAGUAAUCAAAAGGGUGCAUUGUCAUCUAUUAAACAUGCCAAAGUUAUACAAUCUAGUGCCCAAUCUAGAGAAAAAUAGGAUGAAAUUUGUGCGAUUGAGCACGAAAGUGUGUAGUCCAGAGACACUUGAGAAGCAGUUGCCUACUAAAAGCCUCAGUAGUAGAUCUUAUCGACUGCAAAUGGAUGGCAAUGAUAAUCUUAAUGAUACGAAGACUCAUACGACAAGUAGAAGAAGUAAAUUGCAUCAAUUGGCAAUUGAAGAUGUCACUUUUCUUCCCAUUGACGAUAGUAAUGUACAAGAACUCUAUAAGAUGAACGAAAAGCUGUUUCCUAUCAAAUACAACAAUGCAUUUUACGAAUAUGUGGCAGAUGCACCUGAAGGAUAUUGCAAACUUGCUUACACAGCUAAUGGAGAUGCUAUUGGUGCAAUAUGUUGCGAGCUGGAAGAUGUCAAGAUCUUGAAAAAACGUCGUUUUCGUCUGUGUAUUCUAACGCUUGGAGUGUUGCAAGAAUAUCGCCGCUCUAAAUUAGGCACUUUACUGCUUGAAAGCGUCAUCUCACAGGCUCGCAAGGACCAGCUUGCAUAUGUGUAUCUCCACGUCCAGAGUUGCAACAAGGCUGCCCUGCACUUUUACUUUGCACGUGGCUUUAAAUUCGUCAAGUUCAUGCACAAUUACUAUCCGGAAAUUCAUCCGCCGCAUUGUUUCGUACUGCGACUGCAGCUCCAUGCGACUACAUGA